GUAAACCACUCGGUGUCUUGCAGCGUCGCGCACUGCGGGCCGCUGGGACAAGUAAAGUUGGGUUGAGCAGAAGCGGAAGUGACGCCGCGCGUGGUCGGCAAUGGCGGCGGCCGCGUGAGCUCGCGCUGAUCUGACGGUUGGGUUUUGAAGAGAGCCGCUCGCGCCGCCGGGGAAGACGCUGAGCAGGUUAAUGUAACAGGGUGUGCAACACUUUCAGAAUAAAAAAAGGAAGAUAAUGGCUUCGUACAAGCCUACCGCAAUUCAGAGCUGCCCAAAACCUGGAAAGAAGAUUACUCAGGACACCGUGUACUGGAAAAGUUACAAGACUCCAAUUCAGAUAAAGGAGUUUGGUGCUGUAACAAAAGUCGAUUUUUCUCCAAUUGCUCCAUACAACUAUGCAGUAACAGCUUCUGCAAGGGUUCACAUAUAUGGUCGGUAUUCUCAGGAACCUAUAAAAACGUUCUCCCGGUUUAAGGAUACUGCGUACUGUGGUACAUACAGAGAGGAUGGAAAGCUGCUUGUUGCAGGCAGUGAGGAUGGUGUUGUCCGUCUCUUUGAUCUUGGCGGCCGAGCAGCACUCCGCGACUACAGAGGACAUACAAAAGGAGUUCAUGUCACUGCGUUCACAUCUGACAAAUAUCGGUUGAUGUCUGGGUCAGAUGAUUACUCGGUCAAACUUUGGGACAUUCCAACCUCAACAGAAAUCUUCACCUUAACAGAGCAUACAGAUUACAUCCGCUGUGGGUGCACCAGUAAUUUAAAUGCAGACCUCUUCGUUACAGGGUCAUAUGAUCACACAGUGAAGGUAUUUGAUGCACGAGCAGAUAGUUGCGUGAUGACUAUGGAACAUGGCCAGCCAGUAGAAAGUGUGCUGCUUUUCCCAUCUGGUGGACUUUUAGUGUCAGCAGGUGGCCAGUUUGUGAAAGUGUGGGAUAUGUUGAAAGGAGGACAGCUACUGGUUUCAUUACGAAACCACCACAAGACUGUCACCUGUUUGUGUCUGAACAGCUCGGGACAGAGGCUGCUUUCCGGAUCUCUUGAUAGACAUGUCAAAAUCUACAGUACCUCCACAUACAAAGUAGUUCAUAGCUUGGAUUACACAGCCGCCAUUCUAAGUCUUGCUUUAGCGCCUGAAGAUGAGGCAAUCGUUGUAGGAAUGACAAACAGUGUCCUCAGUGUUCGGCAUCGGAAACAGAAUGAAAAGAAACCCAAAGCCACAAUUAAGAGGAAAGGUCCAUCCUACAGAUAUUUCAUAAAAGGAAAAGAUUACAUGCCAAAGAAGGAUGACUUGUUGGUCAGUAGGCCAAUGAAGUUACGCCUGAAGAAAUAUGACGAGCUGCUGAAAAGUUUCCAAGUGUCCCGUGCACUGGAUGCCGUGCUGGAGACAAAUAUCCGGGUGAAGACACCAGAAAUCACUGUAGGGAUUAUGCAAGAACUUAACCGUAGAGGGACACUUGCAAAUGCCCUGGCAGGACGAAAUGAACAACAACUGAGUCUCCUCCUUAGCUUCCUUAUCAGGCAUAUUGUUGAUCCACGAUUUACACCUAUUUUAAUAAAUGUUGCAGAGAUUAUUAUUGAUAUUUAUAGAUCUGUGGUUGGCGAGUCAUCGGUAGUUGACAAUCAAUUUCUGAGGCUGCAGGACUUAAUAGGGAGAGAAAUUGACUAUCAGGAAGAACUACUUGAGGUUCUCGGAAUGAUGGAUACACUCUUUGCUACUAUAACAGCCAAAAAGGAAGCUGUUGUCCUUGGAAAUCAGAACUGUGCCAUUGCUAUUGGAAAUAAGAUGGAAGAGUCGAUGGUAGUCGCCUAAAACUGCAAUUUGCCACUGGUAUAAGACUGGAUUAGGUAAACUGGGACAAGCAUUUUUCCUGAUGUAACAGAUUAUUGAAUAACCACCAAUGAUUUGAAGAUAGAGAAUAAAAUGUUUAUGGAGCAUUUGCCCAUAUUGUACACAUGCUGUUGUGCUAUAGCCAAAUGAAAAAUUAUUUUAUUGCAUCUUCUCUGAGUAUAGCACAAUAUCAUGGAAGCAAUACAGAGAAGGUGCAACAUGUAUCAGAGUCCAAUAUGGCUGACUCCCAUAUUCCCAUGAUGUUGAAUAUGGUUAGGGGAAUAGCUGCUAUUUUUAGCACCGGAGCUUCAUUAGCAGCAAGAUUUCGCAAGUAAGAAUUGUGACUGAAUUCUGGAACAGGAUGAAAAAAGUUAAAUUAGUAUCAAGUAAGGCAAAUGUAAGGGGUAUUAGCUGAAUUGUCAGCUUCAGAGCCUCGUGGACUAACUAUUAUCUGGUGCUUGUAUUUCAUACCAACCUGACCUUUACCUUCUAGAGUGUACUUUAUGCAUUGUACUCGUUGCAAGGAAUUGAAAAUUUAAGCAAAAAUGUACUUAUCCCUCAAAUCAAUUUUAGAUUUCAUUUCUGUCGACUAUUUUUUGUCUUAGAAUAAAUGUUUUCUAGUAUCUGUGACCAAUUCAAGUAACUUUUGAAAACUCUUUUGAUGUCUUCAUAGCAUAUCAAUUGCACAGUUGUACACAGAAGUGUUUUGGGCUCGUUCCUUGUUCUGUGCUGAAUUAGCUGAUUUCGUCCGGAGCAGUUGUGGCGAUGCUGCACUAAACCUUCAUUAUGGAGGGGAAAAUGUUGGCCACAACAUUCUUCCUUGAUUGUAUUUGCAAAUCUCAAUGGGAUCUGUAUAACUAUGGAUGCCAAGUUAAAAUCUUGGCAUUCAUAGUUGGGCCCUUCCCCUCCCCAAUACUGCUCAAGUUUCUGUCCAGGAUCACACAUUUUCAGGAGAGGAAAAAGUAAUGUUCACAAUUUUUUUUCAAUGUGACUCAAUUGUAUAUCAAAUCUACUUUUAUAUGGUGGAAUCUAGAGAAGGUUAAUCUUAAAUAAAUGUUAUCCUAUUGUUUUGGCUAAAAUGUAUAAACAUUUUACAGGACUUUGUAUCUUUGUUUCCCUUAUUCAUGCAGGAUAUUGCAGUAGACAUGUUGGUUAUUGAAGGAUACUUUGCCACUGAUUAGAUAAAAUUACUGUGGGAAUAGAUUUCUAAUUUUUUGAUAUCAGGCCUGUAAAACUGUACUCAUUGAAGUAUUAGGAAAGUAAAACAGUUUCAUGGUAAUAGAACUUACUAAGCAAGUCAUGUCCUUGCACCCAGUCAUUUACUUCAGUUCCUGAAAGAUCUGUUGUGUUAUCAGUAUUUCUGGAAUCUCUUGUGUUGUGAGUUUAAAUGUUCCAAAUUGCAGCAAAGGGAAAUGUACAGCUGAUCUGGGUAGCACUACUAAUGGAGUUCAUUCUGUUCCACAGCAAUGUGUGAACUGUUCUUGCUUUGAGUUGCAUCUAAACUCUGAUGCAAAGAAAUAGCUGUGUUGCACAAAGUUUCUCUGCUCAGUUGGAUGUUGAGAGAGCUGUGUACAAUAUCUAGUUGAUCAGCUCUUUUCCGCACUCCUGCUAUGUUUCUCCAUAAAGCAAUAGAAACUGGUUAAAACCCAAUGAUUGUUGAUGACAGCUCACAUCAUUCAUGAAUAUCCUGCACAGUUCUCAGUAGCUAAGGCCCAGAGAAGCAGAUAACUGCUGUCCUCUCAAUGAGGCAGGUGAUGGUGUAAAAUAAAAACACAUGGCUCCCAGAUAGAAACUACUUUUUAAAACUAAAGGGUCUGUAUAUAGUAAUCAUCAAACAUUGUGGUACAGAUUAAUAUCCCAACAGUGUAAUUCAGUCAGAUGUUCAAUGGACUGCUUUCUUAAAAUAUUUAUUUUUGAAUAAAACAUGGCAUGGGC